AGUACAGGUGUCUCAAAAGAAAGUUUACAUUUAUUUAGCUUACGUUGUAUGAAAAUGUUAGACUACUUAUUGGUGCCUGAACUUCAAAACUUUACUGUCUUUAACCAAAUAACAUGGUUUCAGCGAGAUGGAGCAACGCCACACACUUCCAAUAUUCUGUCACGAGUUCGUGAAAUUUUCUCAGGCAAAUAGAUCUCUAGAAGAGGUGACAUAAAUGGGCUGACUUCUCUUCCACUGAGUCCACCUGCCCAGCCGUCAUAUGUGAUUUUAUUGUUCGAAUAAAUGAGUGCCGCGAACGCUCAAUAAAAAAAGACCAAAAAUUUGGCUGUUAUAAGGCUCCUUUCGGUCUAGUAAGUGGGAUAAGUGCACCUUUCUCGAUGCAAGCACAACUUUUAGUCGGUUAGAAACCUGCGACAGGUAUCAUGUCGCUUAGUUGAUAGUGAAAAGAAAAGUGAAUAGUUACCGGUGUAGUGCAAUACUUAGGAAUUAUGUUAGUGAAAUGUGGUUUUGUAAUAGUCAUAGUUUUGAUAACAAUAGGGCCAGUUAAUGUGAAUGGAACCUUAAUGUCAAUGCUAGACUUUCGGUAUUUGAGAUGUGUUAUGAAACGGGAGUGGAAAUGCCCUGAUAGUGAGAUCAACUUCUUUUUAUACACUCCGGAAAGGCCAUACCAGCAAAGGGUUGAUGUGAGAAGGAUACAAUUGCUAUCUAAGAUUGGCUGGAAGUUAACUAGGAAGAAUGUAUUUAUUAUACAUGGCUUUAAUGGUACACACUCAAAGACACCUAUGUCUUUUAUACGGGAUGCUUACCUGUGGCGUAAGGAUUACAAUGUCUUCAUGGUAGACUGGUCGGAUCUGUCAAGAUUUCCCUGUUACUUAUCUGCUCUCGCAAACAUGAGGCUAGCAGCACAAUGUUCAGCGCAACUAUACUCGUACCUAACACAAAGUGGUGUGAUGGCGAAAAUGAUAACUUGCGUGGGACAUUCACUUGGCGCUCACGUGUGUGGCAUGAUGUCUGGACAUCUCACCGAGAAACAGAACAAGAUUAUCGGAUUGGAUCCAGCUCGACCCCUGGUCUCUGAAUAUGGUUCAAGAGAGUUCCGCCUUAGUCGUGAUGACGCAAACGUGGUCCAGGUAGUACACACAAAUGCAGGAUUUCUGGGAGAGAGUGGUCAAAUUGGCCAUGUCGAUUUCUGUGUGAAUGGUGGCAGGCUUCAACCCGGAUGCAAGGGUCAUGUGAUGCGUGUAGCAAGAUGUAGUCAUUUCAUGAGUUCCUGUUACUUUGCGGCUAGUAUACGCAGGCGCGUUCGUAUGAUGGGCGUGCCUUGCGACUCUGCCUGUCCGAAGCAGGGUACAUCGCUGCUGGUGGCCGAUGCAAAACCUAUACGCCUGGGAGAUGAUAUACCACCCACAUCAAGAGGAAUGUAUUGUGUUGAAUUAGAUCAUGAUGAGAGUUGUCCUUUUGAUUAAGAAAAUCAUCAGUAUUUUAUAAUAUUAACACUCCAAAAAGUUCCAUGUUAACAAAGUAACUUCCCUAGAUUUAAAUAAUUAAAUUAUAUUAUAGUUUUAGAAUGUGGUUGUUGUUGUUACACAUAUAUUUAAAUCACCAAAGAUACCCAACACGAAUAUUGUAUGAUAUUGUUAUUAUUACUAGAUGAAAUAAUUCGGACUAAAUUCACGGGAAACGCAUUCGUUUAUUGUUUUUAAAAUUCUGAUUUAAGUUACUUAUACUUUAUUUAAGGAUACUAAAAAAGGUAUUCCAUGAAAUGAAACAUCAAUUUGUAUUUUGUCAUUUUGUGUUUAGCUUAUGCUUAGCCUAAUCUCACCGGUAAAAUGUCUAUAAAUAAUAAAUCAUAGUUUACGCUUAAUCUACACUAAGCUAAGUCUCAGUGCGCUCUAUAUAUCUUGCCCUUAGAGAUGUGAUAGGAAAGUCCACCUCAGAAGCGGUAGUAUUUUCAAUUUGAAGUUUUGUACCCAUUCGAUUCCAGGAUUCAAAAUACUCUUUUAUAAUGUUACUUUGCAAAUGUUAUACUUUUAGCGGAUUUGUAAUUUAAGGUCUUAGCUAAAAUACUAUAAUAAUACCCAUGACAAUUUUAGUACAAUGUUGUAUAGCUUUAAGUGUAGUUAUCAAAGACUGUCGUACUUAGAUUCGUUAAUUAGUUAACAGUUUCAUGAAAUGUAGCUGUAUAUAUUUUUGCAAUGCUUACUACAGUUGCUAUCUAAAUGAAGCAUAUAUUUUGUUACUUAUUUGCAUAUUAAAAUAAAUAAUAAACUAUUAAUUUAUUUAAUGGAGAGCCGUAUUGGCCUAAUGGUUUCGUGCGAAUACCUAUACUGUGAACCAAAACAUCGUAAAGAAAUUAGGCAUUCGGGCUGAUCACCUACCUAUCUAAAAAUGUGAUCACAAAACAGAUACUCAAAUUUUAAGCCCAGACUUAACAGGUUGUAGAUACAUUGAUAGAUAAUUCAUUGAAAUCUAAGUACGGCUGUUCAAUUAGAAGUAUCAUUAAAUAAAGUUUUAAAGAUUA